UAUGGGGUGGGGUGAGCAGUGCAUCAAAUGUGCCGGGCGGACAUUUCUCAAGGGGCGGCACAAGCGAAGCUACUGUGAGGAUUGAAGUCCAGACAGUUGAAGGCGAGCAAAAUAUUGAUUUAAAGUUCAUGUGCCAAGUCGCUAGCAUGGGAAUCAUUGAGAGUUUUGAUGACCUCCUUAUUCACAUUGGGACUGGCAGAUGGAACGUCUUGUAUAUUCUGGCUGCUUCGUUCACAUAUUUUACGUGGGCGGCGCAGUCUGUGAGCUUCGUGUACAUGGCGCCAGCCCUCAACUAUACGUGCCUACCCCCAAACAACACCACUAGCGUCUCAGAAGAUUCGUGCAGUUAUGUGAGGAUAACAAAGGACGUCGCGGAGGUGCAGGAGCCCUGUACUGAAUGGUACUUUGAUACAUCAAUCUUCAGCAACACUCUCACCUCAGAGUUCCAGCUGGUAUGUAGUCGAGCCUAUCUACGCGCCACCUACCAUAGUAUUUUCAGCUUCUUCUCCGUGUUCAGCUUGUUGUGGGGCUAUCUCGCCGACAGGUACGGAAGAAAGACGGUCGUAGUGUUGACCUACGUACCGUUGGGCAUCGUGUACAUGGGCAUGAGUUUCCUUCCCAUCUUCAGUAUGGUUCUGACAUUUCGCGCACUGAUGGGUGUAUUGACUAACUCCACUAUGUAUCUGCUUGCUAUGGAGGUGUGCGAAAUCAAGAAUAGGUCUUUAGUGGGCACUCUGUUGGGUCUGCCCUGGGCGCUGGGCACCAUGGCGUACGGUGGCCUGGGUUAUUUCAUCCGGGACUGGCGGUGGAUCAACCUCUCUAUCUCCACUCCUUUCCUGCUUAUCUUUGUUUUCAUUUAUUUAUUAGAUGAGUCCCCACGUUGGUUGUUAGUGACUGGAAAUAAGAAAAAGGCGCGACUGGUGUUGCAACGAGCUGCUCGCAUUAACCAGACUCAGCUGCCGUCUGAAGAGGACAUUGAAAAUACUCAGCAGACCAUACUGAGUGAGAGAGAGACGGCCAGAAUGGCGUGCUGGUGGCCAAAAAUAUUCAGCACUCCCAUCAUUCGAAGAGUCACUGUCAUCCUCGCUGUUUGUUAUUUCAUAACUUCACUAGUGUUCACGGGCCUUAACGUGGGCGGCAGAGUGUUUAGCGACAAUCCUUUCUUAUAUGUAGUGAUGAGCGGCUUGAUGGAAGUACCCAGCUACACCCUCUCGGCACCCAUCAUCAACCGCUGGGGGAGAAAGGUGCCCCUCAUAGUCGGCUUCCUUGUUUGCAGUAUCUCUAUUCUUUCAACCAUCAUCAUUCCGACAGACAUGUCGUGGUUGGUGAUGACACUAGCUAUGCUGGGAAAACUGACGGUCAGCGGAGCAUACAUGAUCCUCGUUGUUUAUCAGGUAGAGAUACAACCCACCGAGGUCCGUCUACAAGGCAAGGGCAUAACUCUAGUGUCAGAGAGUCUGGGCUACUGCAUCGCACCCUACAUCACUGACAUACUGGCCAUGACAUUCACCAGGCUACCGUCAGUCAUAUUUGGAGUCACCUCUUUGGUGGUGUGCUGCUUGCUGGCACUCCUUCCGGAGACUGCUGGGGUACCACUCCCUGACACCGUGGAGGAUCUCAACAAGUUAUGGAGAAGGAAGUGGUUCAAGACCUCAAACAGUGAAGAUCUCUAGCCAACCACCAUCACCACCUCACUGCUGUUCCUGCUGCUGCUGCUUCUCCCACUACUACUGCUGCAGCAGCUGCUGCUGCUGUUGUUGUUACUGCUACUACCAUUGCUGCUGCUGCUACUGUUGC